AUGGUGAAUGUGGCUUUAAGUGGGAGGGCCACUCAGUCGGAUCUUCUGAAGGGGGAAUGGGCAGCUUUCAGCCAUGCAAGCAAUGCCAUUGAUGGAAACCAAGAUUCUUUCUUCUACCAUGGAUCCUGCUCCCACACUGAAGGGGACAACCCCUGGUGGAGGGUGGACCUGCUGCAGGUGUACACAAUCACCUCUGUCACCAUCACCAACAGAGGAGACUGCUGUGGAGAAAGGAUCAGUGGAGCUCGCAUCCUCAUCGGCAAACACCUGAAGAACAACGGAAUCAAUAAUCCACAGUCAGUAAGUGUGAUUGGCUCUAUGGCAGCAGGAGAGACUAAAACCUUCCGCUGUCCGCAGCCAAUGAUUGGACGCUACGUCACAGUGUACCUCCCAAAAAGAGAAUACCUUCACCUCUGUGAAGUGGAAAUGAAUGUUUUAUUUCCUGCCCCUUGUUAAGUAGUCGUUUGCAAAUUCCUUUGUAUUUAAACGUGAUUGUUUCUUUACAGUCAGAUACAGUGAAUCUGAAAUGGGGUAAUGAAAUAAAUUUGACUUUUUUGGGAUUUUGGGAUUAUGCUGUCAAGAGUGUACAAAAAAAACCUUUUGAUGUUCUGCUUGAGUUCUUUCUGCAAGUUGAUUUAUGACUUCAUUUUCUUUUUAGUACAUCAAAUAGACACUCCAGGUAUCAAAUAAACAUUUAAGGCAUUGACGUGUGUGCGCUCAGCACACUGUUGGUUGCUCAGGGUAAAGUCA